AAAUAAAAAUCGAUAAAUAAAAUAUAAGAAUGAAAAAAUAUUCAUGAAAAUAGUAUGAAAACAUUCAUACAACGUGCCUUCCCAUUUUACGAAUAGACGACCUCAAUGAUUCCAUAAUUCUUAAUCAAUUUUCUAGAAAAUUAUCGUUUAAAUGAAAAUAGUAUUUUCUUGGAAAAACCCAAACUCCGUACUUUACAAAAUAACCACCUUAACCUCAUAUAACAUUCAAAUUAAACCUCUAUUAGUAUUUCUGCUGUUAAUUUUGAAUGGCCAAUUCAAUAAAGAUUUCAAUAAAUCGUCUGCCGUCGAUGAAUCCGAAUUUAGAUGUACCGCGGAAUGUAGGUGCUACAUAGACAAUGAAAAUCACAAGUACGUAGAUUGCGAUAAGCGUAAUCUUAUAGGAAUUCCUUGGCUCCACGAAGAUUCUCAAAUAAUCGAUCUUGGGUCAAAUCAAAUUACCGAAAUUUCUCAAACAUCUUUCAAAUAUCUGACCAAGGCUUUAAAAAUCGAUUUGAGUAACAACGAUAUUUCGCACAUUCACACUGGGGCAUUUUGGAACUGCAGGGAACUCCGAGAACUGAAAUUGCAUUACAAUAUGAUAGUAGACUUUCCGACUUUCAAUCCAGACAACGAUCUCAACCUUUUAUACAUCCAACAUAACAAAAUAUCCCAACUAGUUCCAGUUUUCGUGAACCAGCUAUCACAUCUCAUUGCCUUGGAUGUCAGUUUCAACAAUUUGACUCAACUAGUUCCAGGGACCUUUAAUCGUAACAAUUCUCAAUUGAGACAAUUAUUUCUGAACAACAAUCAUAUAACACACCUACACGAAUCUUAUUUCGAUGAGCUCGUGUCACUGGAAUGGCUCAAGUUAAGCAAAAACAGGCUGUAUCAUUUACCGGACUCCAUUUUCUCGAAGCUCUCUCAACUCAAAUAUUUGGAAUUGAAUAGGAACAAGUUGAGCGAGAUAAAAAGCCUAACAUUUAAAGGGUUGUCCAGCCUGGAAGUGCUCAAGAUGAGGCGUAACGAUAUCAAAAUUCUCAAGGACGGCGCCUUUUGGGGACUCACCCGCAUACAAAAUUUGCAAUUGGAUUUCAACGAAAUCGAAAACGUGGGCAGAGAAUGGUUAUACGGAUUAGCUCAUUUGGAGAAGCUGAGUCUAGCCAAUAAUAGAAUUAGCUCUCUCAAAACUGAGCCUUGGGAUACUUUACCAAACUUAGUUGAAUUGGAUAUAAGUCAUAACUCGUUAACCAAUCUGGAGGCGGAUACCUUUAAGGACCUACAUUCUCUCAAAAUUUUGAAUCUAGCAUACAAUCGCAUAGCAGACGCCCAUCUGAAUACGUUUUCAGGACUUUCCAACUUGCAAGAAUUGGAUCUUUCGGACAAUCAUUUCAGUUCCGCUUUCAAAGUAUUCGAAUCUGAGCGAUUGACGGAAACAUCUCCCCAAUCCCCCUUGGGCAACUCCAUAUCAUCGUUUUAUCAAACUCCCCUCUCUUCCUUCCCCGCAAAGUUGCCUUCCCCGGGUAACAAUGUAUAUGGCCUUAAAAGUUAUGAGUUAAAAAGCAACCUGUUUUGUGGACUAGUAAAUUUGAAAAUUCUGAAAUUAGCCAGGAACGAGAUGAGUUCCUUGAUUUUGGAGAUGUCUUCAAAUGGAUGUUUGUUAAAUUUGCUCUCCCAAUUGCACAGCCUGGAUCUGGCCGAUAACCCCAUAUCGUACAUUACGAUGGAUAGCAACAGCUCCUCAUUACCGCCGCUCUGCAACAUGAGAGAAAUGAUCCUUAACUCUUCCUAUCUUGUCUGUGAUUGCGAUGUACUUUCAUUGGUUCCGUCUUGGCUAACCUCUACCUACAUGAAUCCGGCUUGCAAUAGCAAUGGAUCAUCAAUCUCUUACCACAAUGACCAUAUUUCUUUCUUCACAUCUUCAACUGCUUCUUCAUCCCUAAAAUGUUCUCAUCCUUACCAAUUGAAAGGUUUAGAUUUGAUCAAAACAUUAUCACCGACGCCUAAUAGUGGCAUGGGAAAUAGCAACACCAAUAAUCUUACAGUGCUAAUGGAAAAGUUUUGUGGCAAGGAUGAGGAAUUCAAAUUGGCAGCUGAUAUGCCUUUCAGCGAUUUUAACUUUUCAGGGUUCAUGGAAAGGCAAUCAUCAUCUUUAAAUUUUCUAGAGAGAAAUGGAGGCCAUAUAGGUAGUCGCUACAAGUCUGGUGAAAGAGAAGUGGGUUAUCAAUCGGCAGCACCCUUGAAUAAGUAUUGGAUUGACAGACCUUUCCCGCAAAAUUCGGUUGAUUCAGGCCACCUAGGUGAAAACUCUUUUCACACUGCAGCUAUACUUUUACCACGUUCACCCCUUACCUUAACCAUAGAUUCACCAUCGCGUUACGAAUUGGUUAUGGGGUCCGUUGACAAGGCUCUAACAUGUUUGGUUAAUUUAAGUCUUUUAGCGUUCGGUUCUCUGGACAAGGGGAAAAUCGAUAAGAGUUCAUUCGUUGGCGUGAAUUGGAUGAAAGACGGUUCCAGCUUAGGCUUUGAUAAUGAAUUACCAAGUGAAAAAUUGUUCGAGGUGGAGGAAAGCUACACACUAGAGAAAGGAGUCGAUAAUAGCGACAAUGAACCAAGAGAUGACAAUGGGGAUGAAAGCAAUAAGCCAAGGAUGUCAAAAUACACUCUAACGAUUACUUCUCGUCUAGUAUUCCAUCCAUCAGUGCUGGACGCUCAUCGAGGCACUUAUAAUUGCAUAGCCAGCUUCCUUUCUUCCCCUAACUUCCCUUCCUCAAUUUACUCCCUUCAUUCAUCCACAUUUCCCAAAGAUGACAGAUCCCAAGAAAUAAAAUCACCCCGAACGGAUAUAAUAGUCUUGAUAGCUCCCCAUUUUCCUUCAUCCACAACUGGAUUAGACCCUGGAUUCGAAGUGUCGAAUAUCAAAACUGGUUUUGGACAUAUUUUUGCGAGAACCGUAAUAUCUGUCAGGGUCGGUGGGACAGCCAGACUUGAGUGCGCCGCCUCUGGCCGCCCUCGACCCAGGGUAGCGUGGCAAAAAGUUAACCCAAUCAAAAAAACGAGCCCGAACUCGGAUAACGGAUAUUUUUUCAGCGACGAAAACCGAGCUGAAUCUCGAUUUGAAAUCGCCGAUUUCCCUGCCGCCCGGGAAAGGAGGAUGCGGGUUCUUCAUCCUUCUGAUUCAGCCUUUUACAUAUCCGACGUUAAACCUGCCGACGCUGGCUACUACAUUUGCAAGGCAAAGAAUAGGGCUGGGGCUGCCAGGCUGGACCUUACUCUCAAAGUGCUAGAGUUACCUUAUCUAUCCAAACCUAUGAAUGAUCAAAUAAUAACCCUGGGUCAGAGCACGGUUAUGGAAUGUAUGGCCGCCGGAAGUCCUUUCCCUACAGUUACAUGGUUUAAAAAUGGUAGAAUCCUCAAUUUCUCCAAGCAUGUCGAUUUUCCAGUUGAUUCUAACUCACGUGACACUACCUUCACCAAUAAUUCUACGCGUGUAGCUCCAACAGCGGAUGAAAAUAUAGGAGAUUCCAGGUUGACUGCCGUUGGACAAGGUCGCUUUCUGGUUUUGGUCAGGAGCCAGAUCAGCGAUUCUGGCAUUUAUGAAUGUGUGCUUCAAAACACUGUUGGGAAGGUGGCUUCUUCUGCCCGUCUAAGAGUCAUAACUAAUGGAGCAGAUAUACCAGAUAGCAAAGAUGAUAAUGGUGAUUCUCAUGCCCAAGAAGGAACUUCUUCUCCUGACCCAUUCAACGUUAUGGAUCUAUUAAACCGUGCAAAUCACCGCUAUCUCCAGUCACAUGAUCAGAUAAUACCCAAUCAAUUUUACCCGGGCCUAAAUCCAAAUCAUGCUAAAGACAAGGAAACAUUUCUAGAAGAAGAAGAGGAGUCAGAAAGUUAUGGUUUAGACAAACCCAAAGACGCCGUGAGAAUAGGCAGUUCAGAUGUCGGCAAAAAGCGUUCAGCAUCAAAAGCCCAUCAUCACAACACGUUUGACGAGUCCGUAGCUCCCAAUAAAGGUCACAUCGUUGAGAUCAUAGUAUUAGCUGUAGUGUGCUGUGCCGUCCUCACAUCUUGUCUUUGGGUCUUCGUCAUUUACAGGACAAGGGUUAAACUGAACCCUCAUUUAAAACGCCGCUACACAAAAAAAUAUGAUUUCGGUGAGAUUUCGGAUAAUAGCGCUAGUAUCAAGGAGCUACCACACAAGCCUAUCAGAUCAAUCAGAACGCUUUUAAGGCUGGGCCGUUCUGAAGAGAAAAGGAACAGCAGUAAAGUGCCCAGGAAUGUCAGUUAUGGGUUGUUCAAACCCGAUUUAUAUUACCCUGGAGGCUGGCAGAGCCGAUACUAUUCCACUAACCCAUUAUUACGUCCUUAUAAAAAUUUAUUGGUUCACGCGACUAAGAAUUUGGAUACGAAUGAUAAACACCUAAACAAGGUCCAUUGUGAUGAGCUAUCGACUCAAGAUUCUAUUAUUCUUACUGGAAAAGAAAACAUCUUGAAAUCGCACAAUAAUAACUCAUGGUCAAAACAAUCCUCAAUAAAUUUAUGCAACAACGUUAAAAAUACAACGAGUAAACCGAAAAGAUAUCAAUACAUGGCUUUAUUAGUGCCUAACGACUCAUCAUCGUCUUCCAUCCUUAAAAGUUCGAAUAUUCCUGAACAUCUAUGCAAUUGUCGCGAAAAGUUAGCAGAUUCUGAAAUAUAUGCUGAUCCAACUUUCCAAAUGCCUCAAAUGGAUUUAGACAUAGGAGGUCCAAACAAUGCUCUUCUGGGUGUCUAUACGCAUAAGGUUAUUAAUAACCAUGACUCUAUAGUUAAUUACGAUAAUUAUAAUGAAAGGAACCGAGGAAAUAUGACUUUUUCCACCUUUUUGAAAACUUCUCAUUCCGCCCCCUUGCCCAAAGAUAGUUAUAACAAAGCUUCCUAUACUCUUUCUCACUGCGUUAACGAUGAAUCCGCUUGUGACAAUUAUGAUUGCCGUGAUAAUGAAAAUAUAGAAAGAUCUCUCACCCCAGAUCUAAAUUCAAAUCAAGAGCUCCAUAUUAAUAAUCACUCUAUGUCUAUAUCACAUAAUAUAGUCUUUGACACCUUGAGUUCAAAGCAUUUUUCAGAUCGAAAUAAUUCGUCAGAAGAUCUUGAUUCGGGUUUGGCGCCAUUAUCUCAUACCAAUUCCUUCCCGUCUUCCCUAACCUCUUGCCCACUCAUGGUAUUCAAAAAAAACGCAUGCGCGUAACCUUAAAACCUCAGUGAUUUUUUUUGUUCGGUGAAGAUUAGGACACGAAGGUUGUCCGGCCUUAAAAAGCGCCAUGGGAUUUGCUUUUCUCAUAUUAUUCGAACUUUCGCAUUUAUUCAAAAAAAACGCAUUUACAAAUAUUGUUAAUAUUUUGUUACAUAUUUAAUUGUUGAUUUAUUUAAUUAUAAAGUUUUAUAAAGAAAUAUAUAUAUAUUAUAAUUUAUAGGUAAAUUUUGUUAUAUUAUUUGUAUGCAUGAAACAUAUUUA